UUUAUAGCUAUUUCUAGCUAUAUAUAGCUAGAUUUAGCUAUAUAGCUAAUUUGCGACUUUCCUGGACCUGUUACAGUCUAUAUACUUUAUACAUUUUGUUUCAAAACAUGUGGGUGACCUUCUGUUUUCAGAAUAGAAAUUACUCAGCUGCUAUAUCUGAAUACAACAAAAUCUUCAGAUCAGACUUGAAAAGUUUGAAAGAGUUACAGGAAAAAGCAAUAACAGUUUUAAUCAGUGGAAAGGAUUGUAUAUGUUCCCUCCCAACUGGAUAUGGAAAAUCAUUGAUAUAUGAACUGCUUCCUUUUAUAGAUCAUGGUUGCUUAGUCAUUGUAAUUGCUCCACUAAAUGCAAUAAUAAAGCAACAAGUACAAAAACUUUGUGGUAUGGCAAUGUGUUUUUCUGGAGUGAAUGACAUUUCUAGACUUAAAAGUGGUGAGAUUAGUUAUGUUUUCAGUCAUCCCGAAGAAAUAUUACAGAGCAGAGAACUGAAUGAUGCCUUUACAUCCGACAGAUUAAAUACAAGGAAAAUCUAUUUGGUGGUUGACGAGGCACACUGUAUUCAUCAAUGGGGAGACGAGUUCAGACCAGAAUACAGAAAUUUGUCAAAUUUAAGAUCAGUUUUCAAAUGCCAGGUAUUAGCAUUGUCAGCAACAGUCACAGAGUCUGGGCAGAAACAGAUCAUUUCAAACCUUUUAAUGAAAAACUGUCAGAUAAUAUGUGCCAGUCCUGCCAAAGACAACAUUGAACUCAUUGUAAAGAAAAGACCAAGUCCAAAUGCUAAAGGAAACACAGCUAGUAGCCCAUAUGACUUCAUUUUUAGUCAUGUUAUCACAGAGCUGAAUUGUCAACUUGAUGCAUUUCCUCUUACUGUGGUUUAUUGCAAGUCAAUGCAGUGGAUUGGAUAUGGCUACGAAAUGGCGAGACAACUUCUAGCAGACAACUUUUAUGCAGGUGAUAAGACACAAUAGAAUGCACGAGUGGUCAUGUUUCACUCUUCAAUGGAAAA